AUGGCGUCGACCAGUGCGCUGCCGCACAAGCCGACUAUGGAUGACAUUGACGACCCCUUCCAUCUGCUUCUUCGUCAACGUGCUGUGGAGGCCCGCCGCAAGUAUGGGAUCCCCCUAUCGAACAAAGCCGCCUCGUCCGAGUCCUGGCCACAGCGUCUGCCCGCACCACCCUCGCCGCAGCAAUUCCGCGACACCAUCGAGCGGCAUGUGCCUGUACUGAUCCAAGGCUGCCUCGACGACCGUCCGCAGCUGGCGAAAUGGAAGGACACGGCGUAUCUGCAAUCAUGCAUGGGCCCCGAACGCAGCGUCGUCGUGGCGCUCACUCCGGACGGAAGGGCUGACGAUCUCGUCAAGCAUCCCGGGUCUGCAAAUGAAGAGGCAGUCUUUGCCCUUCCGCUCGAGCGAAGCAUGCGCUUCUCCGAGCUGCUCGACCGUCUUGCCCGCCAGGUCGAUGGCAAGAGCGACACGGUCGCCUACCUCCAGUCGCAGAACUCGAAUCUGAGCGUGCACGAGUACGGCGACCUCUCUCCGCUCCUUCAUGAUCUCGAACAGACCUCGAGGGCAGAUGCGUCGCCGCGUAGCGACCCUGCGUGGGCAACCGAGGCGAUCGGAUGCGCACCGGAAGCGACCAACAUCUGGAUCGGCACCUCGGCCUCGCGCACCUCGAUGCACCGCGACUACUACGAAAACAUCUUUAGUGUCGUCCGCGGCUACAAGGAGUUCACCGUCUUUCCGCCCUCCGAAGCAUGCUUUCUUUGUGACGACGAAGAGUAUUCGAUAUGCAAGUACGUCGAGCAAACACCGGCCGAUGCAGCUGGCAAGCAGAGCCUCGUGCUCCAGCGCGACGCCGAUGGUGCGGCCACUCGAUGGAUUCCGAUCGACCCGACAUUGCCCAAGAGCGCUCCUCGCAAUGCGCCCUACGUGCACCGCGAUCUCAACGCCGAUGCACAAAGCAGCUUGCCGUCUCAACCGCACGCGGCCCACACCAAGUACGGCUAUGCACUGCCGGCGCUCACCAUCCGCGUGCACGAGGGAGAGGCGCUGUACCUGCCCAGCGGCUGGUUCCACCACGUUGCACAGCAGCACGACCAUCAGCUCGUUGCUGCGGAUCCUGCGCCCGUCGACCGAGGCCUGUGCCUAUGCAUCAACUGGUGGUAUCAGAUCUCGGACGAUGUUGCCCUCCAGCUUGACGAGAUGGACUUGGCCUCUGGCUACACAGGUAAUGCUUAG